AUGGAUCCACAGUCUGGAUUCACGUGUGUCACUUGCCAUCUCUUGUUCCGAGAUUCGGAAGUCCAGAGGGAGCAUUAUCGUUCUGAUUGGCAUCGUUAUAACAUGAAAAGACAGGUUGCUGAACUUCCCCCAGUAACAGCUGAACAGUUCCGUGAGAAGGUUUUGAGUUUUCAACAAGAAAAAGAGCUGAGCAAGACUACUGAAGAGGAUUUUUAUUGCAAAGUGUGCAGCAAGCUUCUCAAGUCAAAAAAUGCUUUUGAAAACCAUAUCGCUAGCAAAAAGCAUAAAGAGCAAGAGCGUAGCCAUGAUGAUGAGAAACCUGUGUCUAAGAAGACUCGCCAGCCAGUACCUGUUGUAAAAGCACAGACAGCAGAGCCUGAUAAUGAAGAAGAGGAUGACGGUGAUAGCUCUGGAUGGGAAACUGAUAAUGGUUCAGAUGACGGCUAUGAUUAUGAUGAAUCGCAGGCAUUGCCAGCUACUUCUUGCUUAUUCUGUCCAACUGUCAAAUCUACCGUGGAAGGAAAGCUCGAACAUAUGCGAUUCCAUCAUGGAUUCUUGAUCCCAGAUAAAAAAUACCUAACUGACGAAAAGGGGUUGUUGAGGUAUUUAGAUUUGAAAGUUGGUGCGGGAAGAUGUUGCAUUUACUGCCCAGAUUUCAAAGCGAGAUAUACCAACAGUAUGGAUUGUCAGAAACAUAUGAGAGAUAAAGAGCACUGCAAGCUUAGAAGAGAUCCUGAGAGCAUGUUGGAGUUAGCAGAAUUUUACGAUUAUAGCCCAAUGUAUGAGGAACUGGAAAGCGCUCCUAGUGACGUAAUUUAUGAUGAUGGGUGGACUCUAUCUCUCCCUUCCGGUGCAAAAAUCGGACACAGAUCCCUCAUGGUGUACUACCGACAGUAUAUGAACCCAUUCUCCAAUCCUAAUCAAGUGCGUGCACGUUCCGCAAUCGACAAAGCUAAAGGAUUACUUCCCGCUCUGGCAUGGACUAAUACAACAGGUAAACAAGCUCAUCAAGUUGCACGAGAUUUGAAAUUCAUUGAACGCUAUAGAAGAAGAUUUGAUUUACGUUGCAAAAACUCUUCUAAUAAAGCUAGACGACUCUUCAAAACGCGUGGAAGAGUCGGAGACAACUGA